AUGGUGAUUUUAGUGGAGGGAACAGCCAUAGUAACAUCACUAUCAUCAGUUUUGCAUGACAGCAACGAAUUCCCCAAUCCAGAGACAUUUGAUCCUGGUCAUUUUUUGGAUGCAAAAGGAAACUUUAAGAAAAGUGACUACUUUAUGCCUUUCUCAACAGGAAAACGAGUGUGUUUAGGAGAAGGUCUGGCCCGCAUGGAGCUGUUUCUGUUCCUGACCACCAUUUUACAGAACUUCAAGCUGAAAUCUCUGGUUCCCCCAAAAGACAUCAAUGAUACCCCACAAGUCAAUGUAAUUUCUGUAUCACCUCCCCCUUUACAGCUCUGCUUCAUUCCUGUCUAA